AUGACAAGUAUUAUCAAGAAUCAAAUUAUCAAGCAUCUUUCAAAAUUUGUUCGCAAUAUUACAGCCGAUCAAAUCAGCGUGCAGAUUUUGAGUGGUAAAGGAGAACUAAAGAACAUCGAAUUAAACGAAAUAGUCCUAAGUGAAGUACUUGAAUUACCAACAUGGCUACGAGUUAAGCGAGCAGUUUGCAAUAGAAUAGCUGUUAAAGUUCCAUGGACGAAGUUGAAGUCACAACCAGUUAAACUAUUUAUUGAUGAAGUACGGGUAGAGGUCGAGCUUAGUUCAGAUGAAUUUGUUGACUGUGACUCAAAUUCUUUGAGUGCUUUUGGAGACUCAACAUACGGAUUUGCUAAUCGAGUUGCUGAAUUGAUGUCACUUUAUGUUAAUUCAGUGGAGAUUGAUUUCGAUUCUGGUGUUUUUCGUGGUUCUCUAACGCUCUCGAGACUGGCGGUUGAAAGUAAGAGCCCGACCUGGCAAACAGUCAAUGAUUUGCGAUAUACUCGACUUGUAGAUACGAAUACUAGCAAAUUACUUAUGUUUAAAAUGGUUACAUGGCAGUUAUUACGUAUCGAAGCAUCUGCACAAGCUAAUUCAUCGUGUAAUGCUAUAAAUGCUCCAUUAAGAUUGAUUACUAGCAAUGGAAAGAGUAGAAUCAGUGUGAAAAAGUCCACUGCUGAUGGUAGCGUUCUUGGUGGUCGUAUACAGUUAAUAUUAGACGAUAUUUUGUGGAUUGCUACUUUACCGCAAAUACGGUCUGCUAUCACAUUUUACGAUCAUAUCAUGAAUAUAAUCAAAGCAGCUUCCAAGAAAGUACCAACGUUAUACCACAGAGAGUGCAUCGAAAUAAAACCGCCAGUGGUCAAAUCGCCUCCUUCGAUUCCGGUUUCAGCCAUAUUUCGCAAUUUCGAUUUUAAUCGAACAUCGUACCAUGUUUAUGUUGGCAAAAUUGAUCUUCAUCUCUGUGAUGAUAAUCAAACCUCGGAUGGUUAUCCUGAAGAUUGGGAUAUUAUUUGUGGUGCACUACAGGUAACCUUAUUGCGCCUGUCCGUUGAUUUUUAUCCAGCUAACAACGCUAUAUCUGAUCGUAGUGAUUGGAUUCGAUAUGAUAACGCAAAUCAUUGUGCUGCCUGGGUCCACAAAAUAUUACAGUUCCACCUGCGGAAGCUUUGCACUGAAUUAGAUGCUAGUGCACAAUCUCGAAUAGUUGAUUUGUGGCCAGAGUUAAUGUCUCAGAAUUGUGUGAUACGAAUGUAUGAUAUUAUUGUCCAGUGUGUGACGGAUAUGAAUUCCAAAAAGGAAACAUUGUUUAAUCUGUUCAUGUCGGAUCGUAAAUUAAAUAUCGCAGCACAAGGCGAUUGUCCUGUUUUCCAUCUCGAGUUUACUUCUUUUUAUCACCCAACAUGUGAAAAUUUCCCAGUGCCCUCAAACAUCACACAUCUUUUACUUGGUCCAUUUUUUUUCGUAGUCGAUCAAAGAACGAUUCGAUGGCUCUUAUUCAUAAUCGAUGAUAUUAAAUAUGCUUUACAAAUCUCUAGCAUAAUGCCUGAUGGCUCAAAGAUACCCAAAACCUAUCUGCGCAUCAAUCUAUUUAUGCCCAAGAUAAUAAUACCAUUAAAAGACUCGUUUGUAUCUGAUACGCGUUUCGCACGCAGAAUUGUGAUAAGCAUGAGCACUUUGCUGGCUACUAAUUACGAAACAGUUUCCGGUGACGAGUCAAAUUCGUUUUUUAAGUCGAUUUCAUCAAAUGUAAUUGAUUUCAUCGACCAUGUUGGCCUUCUGGUUAGCAAUGAGAAAUUGAAAGAAUUCAUCUUACAGUUGAAUCAAAAUUCGUGUGAGAAUGUUGAUGAAGCGGAGCGGAUUUGGAUAAAUACAUCACCGGUUCGAAUAAGCACAGAUUUCGCAGAAGUAUCGAGUACACCUUUGCUUGGUGAUGUUGCAUUUCAUGCGCUUCUUAGUGUUAAACCAUUGAAAGUAAGUAUGGCACUGCAACCGAUGUCGAAGAUUCGAAUUGCGGUUGAUCAUUUUCAGUUCCUUCAAAUCAUGCGUCUAAUUUCAUAUAUAUCAACUUUUGUGGAUCAACUUAUUGAUGACCAAAAAUUUUUCUCUGCUAACCGUAGCAAUGGAAAUGGCCCGGCAAUUGAAAUGAUUUGCUUCUUGAAUGAGGCUGAACUUAAUAUUAUACUGCCAAAUCAGCCAAUUCCAACCCCCUACGAUCUUAAGGAAACAGUGUUCCAAUCAUCAGCAACAUCUUCAGAUGGCUAG